AGGAGGAGGAGGAAGAGGAGGAGAAGGGAUCAUGCCUAAGAAAGCAAAGAAAGGUGGAGGUGAAGGCGGUGCGAAGACAGAGGAGGAGAGGCUGUUGUACCUGCAGCAGCGAGCUCAGGCCGAGGAGGAAAUGGCCAAGAAGAAAGAGGAAGUCCUCACCCUCUUUCUGAAGGACAAGUUGCAGAAGGAGGAGAAGAACACUGCAGUGAACCUGCUGAAGCUGAACGAAGGCUGGAGGUCGAUUCUCCGUCAGACUCGAGCCGCCGAGCUGCGUAAUGACAUCACGGUGCUCAGUCAGACGUUUGAGAGGCACCUGGACGGCCUGGACGGCAUCAUGAAGAAUGUGGAGCGUGACCUGCAGGAGGCGGAGCGUCAGUCGGCUCAGGUGCGACGCAUUCACCUGCAACAUGUGGAGCGUCUGUGGGCUCAGCAGGACAAGCGGCUGAUGUUUGUGCAGCAGCAGUGGGAGGACAGUCUGGGACACCUCACCUCCGUGUUCAGCUGUGAGAGGAAGCAGAUGUCGGAAAGCUGCGAGCAGCAGCGAGCUGAUCUGCAGGACUCGACGUUCGCCUUGGAGCAGCAGCACGCAGCAGCGAUGGAUGAAACCCACAGGCUGUACAGUAAAAUCAUCAAGUUGUACGAGAGCACUCAUCGCGACAGGGUGGCUAAACUGAUGCAGGUGGAGAAGGAGAAGCUGAAGGACAAGGCGCUGCAGCACCAGCAGGUGGCGGAGCUCUGCAGCCAGGACACGCAGCAGUUCAACAAGCUGCUCUCUGAAAACCAACGACUCAUCGAACAGACCGACGCAGACGUGAAGAAGGUGAAGAGGCUGCAGGAUCUCGUCAUUCAGGUGAGGGAGAAGCUGAACUCCAGUGACACAGAGAAUCAGUCUGUGGAACAGGAUCUGACAGCCACCAGAAACCAGAUGAACCGUAGGACCAAGGAGCUGCGGGAGCAGCUGAGUGAGGCUCAGACGGUGGCGAGGAAACAGCUCACCGACCUCACGGUCCACAGCGACAACGCAGCCAGGAACCUGCAGGCGGCUGUAGCCAAGGGCGAGAGGGCUCUGCGUGUCGCUGAAAUGUGUCACAAGCUGGAGAGUCAGCAGCAGAACAUCUCAUUAGUCCCUCCAGAGGAGCACAGACCGCAGACAGCAGGACCGGAGGUGGAGCAACCAGCAAAGGAGGUGCGGGAGUUUCUGGAGCUUCAGCAGCUGACGCGGCGCGUCAACGCCGCCGUGCUGCAGCGAGCAGCUCUGAGGGGACGCAAAGACGACGUGAGCCGAGAGAACCGGCAGCUGAGGCUGCUGCUGCAUCAGCACCUGGACGCCAUGACGGUCAGCGACGGCACCUUCGACGGACGCCACGCUCUGCUCGCCGUGUUUCCGGCCCCGAAGGCCCCCCCAGACGCCAACAGACGGCACGCCGUCAUCGAGGCCGUUCACGCUGUCAAACACUCGCUGUAGGACGGAUACCGCAGCUCUGAGAGGAGGAAGAAGAAGACAGAAGAAGAAAACACAAUUGUCUUUGAUGAAAUGUUCAAAAAAAUUAAAUAAAAUUCAGCUUAACAGCUGUUUUCAACCACAUCAGAAGGAACUUUCUCAGGUAUCUCCCAGAUCCUAAAUGUCCUAACAGACGUCAUCAUGUUGACACAGUCAGUCACGCAUGAGCUGCUGUGGUCCUGAACGCAUCACAGCUCUGACUUGGACUUCACUGUUUUCAGAUGUCGCAGAAAUCACUCAAACGAUCAUUUUAUUGACAGAAGGACGGUCAGUCAACUUUCUGCCAACUGACUUCUCAGUAGAUGUGAGGAAAUCUGAACAACAGAAACCUGCUUCAGUCAGGGAUGAAACAGGAAGCAGGAUCUGCAGGUUUCCUUUCUGUGCACUGAGGUCAGAUCUUCAACGUUUGUUCUGCAAUGAAUGAGCCACUCAGCGACUAAAACUGAUCCAGGAUGGCGAUGUGGUCCUCACGGUCUCGAAUCGAGACAAACCAUCCAAAAGUUUAAUAUGAUGAGCGAAUAUCUGCACAAGAAGUCCGAGAGCCCGAAAGUAAAAUCGAGUAGUUCACCAAAAAGCAACAACGACAUCUUAGAAGAGUGUGAAAAAUUAAGUUUUGUUUCAAAACAGGUCGGUCAUUUGUUCCUCUCACAACCAGCAGUCCAGGAGUCCCGACCCCGAAGAAGAAUCACUUUAAUCAAUGAGUCAAACUUCUGCUGCUUUUCUCUGUUGGUUGGACAAGAUUUUAAUUAAUCGUUUCAUUGUGAAAAGAAUGACGUUAUUUCUUUUUUCUCGUCUUUAGAGGUCAAGGACCAAAUACUUUUGGCCACUUGAUGUAAAAUCUGAUUUGCUUUUGAUGGUUGGAAAAGCUUUAACGUUGAAAUUCGGCCUCAACUUUUAUUUUGGGGUUACAUUUCCUUUCACUCAAACCAGCGAGAGCAGAACGAAUGAUGGGCGGGGCAGCAGCGUCUGUACAGGUACACCAUUUAAUAGUUAUUAUAGACAUUUUAUAUACAGUUGUAUUCUGCUAUGUGGUACAAUCUUUAAAAUCUGCUGUUUCAUAGUUUGGAAAUCAAAAAAAAAAAAAAACUUACAAAACUCAUCAAAACUCGCAAACUGAUCAGAACUUUUCUUUUUCGGAAGACUAGAAAAAAUACUUUUAUUGUAUUAAUCAUGCAGUACACAAACAGAAGUCUUUAGUUACACAGUAAAGUUGUAGCGUGGGACAAAAGAAAAUAAAAAUUUGUUUAUUUUGAUCGAUUAA